GAGUCGAGCUUUUUGAAGGGCGCAACAUGUCGGCCUACUAUCCUCGUGAGUGGUAAUUUCCGAGUUUUGGGCCAUUGGCCGCAAACUGACCCAGUCUAUUAGUACCUCCCGGAGCUGGCGGCGCUGCCCCUGGAGGCCAACAAAGCUACCCUCCCCCUCCCAUGUCGGCACCACCCACGCAGACGCACUUUUCGUAUCCCCCUCCCCCAGGCAACGGGCAGGGCUCGGUCAAUUACCCCCCUCCGCCUCAAGCCGGCCCAGCUCCCACUCCGCCGUCAGGGACGUCCUCACCUUCAGACCCGCCUCCCCCAACGCCGCAGCAGCAGCAACAGCAACAACAUUAUCCGCCCCCUCCUCAGCAACAACAGCAGCAGCAGCAAUAUAGCCCCCCGCCUCCCCAGCAGCAGCAGCAGUAUCCUCCCCCGCCGCAGCAGCAGCAACAGCAGCAGUAUGCGCCCUCGCCCCAGGCGUCGCCCUCUCCCAUGCAGCACGGUGCUUUGCCCCAGCACUUGCGGACUCCCUCCACCGUGUCGCAAGGUUCGCCGAACCAGCCGCAAUUUGCGCCACCUCCUUCAUACCCUGUGCAGGAUGACAAAGGCACCUAUCCGCCCGAGAAGACCCAGCACCUGCAGCAGCCACAGCCGCAGCUGCAACCGCAAUUGCAACCGCAAUUUCAACCGCAACUGCAGCCCCAGGUCCCCAUCAUCGAUCCGACCGGUACUCCUGCCGCCGGCCACUUCGUCGGCGCCAGUACGAUAGUCGACGACGUGGGCACCUUCAACGGAGGCAGCUACCGCAUUAGCCACCGCGACUGCAACUCAAUCCUGACCAUCCAGCUGGCCAUCGGAUGCCCCAUCGAAGCGAGGCCAGGCGCCAUGAUCGCCAUGUCUCCCUCCAUCGUUCUCAAGGGCAGCGUCAAGUUCAGCGUGAAGAAACUCGUGGCCGGCGGCGACAUGGGCAGCUCCACCUACACGGGACCCGGCGAGCUGCUGCUGGGGCCGCCCAUGCUGGGCGACAUCACCAGCCUGCGACUGACGGGUCAGGAGUCGUGGUCGGUCAGCCACGACGGCUUCCUCGCGUGCACGCAAAACGUCGUCAAGGACUACAAACGCCAAGGCCUGGGCAAGGCCAUGUUUAGCGGCGAGGGCUUGUGGGUGUACAAGAUCUCGGGCACGGGGCUGCUCUGGUUGACGAGCUUCGGCGCCAUUAUCCGCAAGGAUCUCGUGGAAGGCGAGAAGUACAUCGUGGACAACGGGCACCUCGUCGCCUGGAACACCAAAUACGUCCUAGAGCGCGUCGCCUCGGGCGGCAUCAUCUCCGGCCUGGCUUCCGGUGAGGGCCUGGUGUGCAAGUUCACCGGCCCCGGCACCGUCUUUAUUCAGACCAGGAACGCUAAAUCCUUCACGGCCUACAUGGGGGGCCAGCAGGUAAAUGCUUAAGUUGGUUUGGUGCUCGCCUCACGCCACCCCUGGUCACGCUCAUAGAAGCAAGUGGCAACUCGCUCCUCUUUUCCUAUUCUCAUCUUUUCUGAAAUUGGGUUUAUAUCUCUCAACAUUUCCCCGCCGUUUGUAUCUAAGCGACAUGUUAGUUGAGUAUUCGAGAGUUUGCUUUGAUAGGUGAACAUGACCCGUCUCAUAUUGGCCUGUUAAUGUAGGUGAGAACGCCU